AUGGUAAUCCCGCCUCUCGAUGCCUUGAGUAUUGCUGCAGCUGUCGUCCAAUUCGUUGAUUUCUCAUGCCGAAUAAUUUCCAAGGGCAAUGAAUACCACAAAAGCAUCGACGGCUCUCUCGUCGAGAACAAAGAGCUCGAGGUAGUGGCGGCCAAUAUUCAAGAUCUGAGUGGCAGACUUCAUAGCACCCUCAGCUCCAAAGCCAAACGGGCCCUAAGGAAGAAUCUGAAUGGGCGGACUGCUCAAGAACAAGAUCAACCCCUCUCAUAUGAGGAGCAGGCAUUGCAGGCUGUGGUCGUAGACUGCCAGGGCUUCGCUGCAGAACUCUUGGAUGCGCUUGAGCGACUGAAACUGCGCGGCAAUAGCACCCGGUGGAAGAGCUUUCGACAGGCCUUCAAGACAAUAUGGGAGAAGGAGAAGAUCGAGGCGAUGCUGACGAAGCUCAGUCAGGCUCGUCAGCAGCUUGUGGUCAACCUGCUUGUCGUCCUCAGUACUCAUUCAGAGUCCGAAUUCAAUCAAAUCAAAGAGUCUAAUGCACGACUGGAGGCUACUCUGUUGGCCACCAUCAAAGACUCGGGAGCCAGUAUACAAAGGGAAAUCGCCAAAUUAUCUCUGGUGCCUAGCUGCAAUUCGAUUCAGCAGAAGGAAACCUUCAAAUCAACCUGGUCAGCGAGGAACGAGACCGACCUGUCUCGUAUGGCGUUGGCAUUGACGGCAGCGACGCGCCUAGACAGGGCGAACUCCAACAACACAAUGCUGCUUGACAGUCUAUAUUUUACCCAAAUUGCCGAGCGUAAAUCCAAUAUCCGCCAAGCGCACACCAGUACUUUCAAGUGGGUAUUCGAGCCGAGAGCAGAAUUUGAAGAUCGGUGGACUAAUCUCCCACGCUGGCUUGAUGGUACCGAGCCUGGUCAGAACGUGUACUGGAUCACUGGCAAGGCUGGUUCAGGAAAAAGUACGUUGAUGAGAUAUUUGUACGAAGCUACCGAGACUAAGGACCUCCUCAAUGCUUGGGCUGGCAACAGCAAACUGUUGACAGCAUGCUGCUUCUUCUGGAAUCCUGGGAACGAAAUCCAAAAGUCGCUGAAUGGCCUUUUGCGGACGUUAUUACACGAACUCCUCACACACAGCCCCAACUGUAUCAAAACAGUUGCGCCGUGGAGGUGGAGAUCAUUAGAUCUGGGGGCAAAAUUCCUGGAACCGUGGACAGAUGCCGAGCUUCUGAAUGUUCUGGAUGCCUUUUUCCGCGAUACUGCCAAGGACACCCGGAUCUGUUUGUUUGUCGACGGUUUGGACGAGUUUCACGGCACUGAUGAAACACGAGAGAAUCUAAUCGAAUUGCUCCAAAGUCUUGCGUCCAAUGAUAAUGCGAAGAUUUGCCUGUCGAGUCGUCCUUGGAAUAUAUUUGAGGAUGCGUUUGGCCGUGGACCCAUGCUUCGGCUCGAAGACUUAACGCGUCCAGAUAUUCGACAAUAUGUCAGUGAGAAGCUCACUCAGCACCGGCGGUUCGAAGUGCUCAAGCAAUUGUACGAGGAGGAGUGCAUCUCUCUAGUGGAUAACAUUGUUGAUAAGGCCUCAGGCGUCUUCUUGUGGGUUUACCUAGUAGUUCGGUCUUUGACGCAAGGUUUGCGAGAUGAAGACGGAAUAUCCGAUCUCACGAGACGGCUGGAACUGAUUCCCGCCGACCUUGAGCUCUACUUCGACCAGAUGCUGUCGACCAUUGACCCUUUCCAUCUUCCACGGUCAAGUGAACUUUUCCAGCUCACCAUGUGCACUGACCGUCGGCUGUCGCAGCUAACUCUCUCAUUUAUACACGAGGAUAAGCCAGAUGCCCUCGUCACUUUCCUCAGAAAAGACCGAGAAGCAGCAAUCUUACACGCAUACAACUCAACUAGCCGUCGAGUAAAUGCACUGAGCAAAGGCUUGCUGGAGGUCAACCGGACCGAUUCGACCAACCCCUAUUUCAUGUACGGUGUCGAUUUCCUUCACAGGACGGUGCGUGAUUUUCUGGCCAUGGACGAAGUCCGCCAAAAGCUGGAAAAGUACUCCAAGGGAGCAUUCCCAUGCCAGCUCCGUCUCUGCACCGCAGUCUUGGCUCAGAUACGAUCGUUGGGACCGAAUUUCGAAUCACUCACGGAUGCAGAAGCCUUUUUACGACUUCUAGACGAAUUCUUGUUUUAUGCUUCGGCCUUGGAGAUGACGAGAUCUAGGAUCCCGGAGGAAUUGUUCGCCGCACUGAGAGAACGACUAGAUCUGUUUGAUAUCAGUAAUGUCGUGAACAUAGCAGGUCUCCGCUCUCGGGAGGUGCAAGCUCUGGAUCUCAGGAACAACCUCAAAAUGUUCACUUCCGCACACUGGUCAGAAGGUGAUGCCGGGGACAAGAACAAUCAGCUCAGCUUUUUCAUCUCAACAGGGCUAUUCGACCCAGUGGCAGAUUUGAUUGGAAGCCACCCGGACGCCAUUUCAAAGAAGGAAGGUCGCCCCUUGCUCGACUAUGCCCUACGACGGGAUCGACAUGCAGCCAUUGAGCUCAAGUUGCCCAAUCUGCAGACGACGCGUUUCCUGCUUGAAAGUGGCGCAGAUCCGAAUCAGAUGUACAAUGAGCGUACUGUAUGGCAUGGUUUCCUAAGCUGGAUGAGAGACAAUCAGAAGAUUAUUUCGCCGUCGCAAAAGGCUUGGGCGGACGCGACCAAAUUGAUGAUCGAAUAUGGUGCAGAUGCUUUUCCAACGGUUGGAGCGUUUUUCCGCGAAAUAUUCGAUACCCAGACAGCGAAGGAGUUGAAUACAUUGCUCAGUGAGAGAGUUGCUGAGUCUGAAGCUGAAACUGAGACUAAAGAGGGGGAUUCUGAACUCUCCACCGCCGGCAUCUGGCUUCCUCGUUCUCGGUUGGAGAAGAAGAUGAAACUGAUGCCAGCAGAGAAGGGAGACCAGGGGAUUCUGGCUGGAUUUCGACAAAUGUUCACUUGGUCACAAUGGGGGUGA